CUUGUUUGCCUGAAGUGAGUGUGGCAUUUGCUUUUUGUUCACUUCAAACCAACAUGCUGCUCAGCUUUUUUCUCCUGUUCUUUUUGUGUGAGAGCACAGUUACAGUGACAUUAUGGACUACAAUCUGGCCCACUAAUUCUUACCCGGAAACUAAUAGUACCACAGUGACUACAGAAGUAAUGCUGUCUCCUCUGCAGCUGGUGGCCACCCCAGACUACCCGGUUGCAGUAGGUCAAAAAGUUAACCUGCACUGCACCGCUUUCACCAUCCCAAACUCUGUCACUUGGUCCUGGCAACGACUAAAAAAUCAGACCUGGAAAGAAGUGGGCAAUAGUCGGGAUCUGACCCUCACCGAGCCAGAUCAGAGUGGGCUUUACCGUUGCUGUGCCAUGACCUUGUCAUCUUGGAAGCAUGUGAGCCUGAACCACACAGUCUAUAUCAUCUCCUUGCAUGCAACAGUCGGUGAGAAAAUAGGAGUAAUAGCCUUUGUGCUGUCUCUCCUGACCUUGAUCAUCACCCUUGCUCUUCUUUCUUGGAUGGGGUGGCAAAGAUUUGGUCACAAAUUGACCAUCUCCAACACUGUGGCUAAAGGUCCUGGGCCUGAAAAGUCACCAAAGGGAGCUUUGCCGAAGAUUGACAGUGACGGAGAUGUGUACAUGAAUUACACCAACCAAGCCUACACUGAUCUGGACCCCACCAAUAUGACUGGUGAUAAUGUGUACUCAAGUCUGUCAUGAACAUCUGUAGGAGGGUGGCGAUAAUAAAUAUGUAAUAGGAUGUAAUAAAAAGAUGAUGAGCAGACAGAAGUUAGAUCAUAUCAGCAUAUAGAGCUCAAUGUCACCUUUAAUCUGAUAGAUGAGGUUUUGCAUAUACAGUUAUUUAACACGAUCUGAAUGUAGCAAAACCCACAGAUCUGUGGUUCUAGCUGUGUGAAACAGUUCCCACCAAACAGUAAGAGGCCCUUCUCGCUUUUUCUUUGUAACUGUUAAUAAAACCUGUAAUUUGCUACAAUUUUCUACAUGUCUCAUAUUGCAUGUACUGUUCAUGGGUAGAUUUCUACCUACUUGAUGUGCCUGAAACUAACUUUGUGAUUUACUUCAAUCAUACUAAUACAGCCAAAUUUAAGACACAAAUUGUAUUUUUUAUUACAAGAGUUAGUUAUAUGGAAUAAAAGCAGCAUCUUUGACUUUUGGAAGAUAGAAAUAAUGCUACACGCACUUUUGAGUACAUUACAAAAUUACAAAAGCUGUUCCACUCAAUAAAAAUAACA